GCAGGAAGGAAGUCCCUAUCACAUCUGCAUCAUGCAAAACCAGUGUGGUGGCAGGCCGUGUGCCGUUAGAGGCUGUGGGAGCAGUGGGCAGCGGGUGUGAGGAGACACUCGCUUCUCUUUGCUUCUCUCCGCCGGGUAAUUACCGCACAGGAAAUUGGACGUGAAAUGCUGCUCACGUAUCUGAAGUGAGUUAUGGACGGAGCCUACAGUAGUGAAGUAAAUUAAAACAAGUGAAUCCAAUUACAGUUUAUGGAAAGCAGCUGGCCAAGCAGCACAUGCUGGUGGAGGACACUUGGCUGUGGCUCUAAACAGGAAUGCUCUGACAGCCGAUGAGCAGCUGCGGUGACCCGAGAUGAGAUGUUGUCCACCGGGGAGUGACGUGUGAGCCAUGAAUGCAGUGACAUGCUCCGAGAUCCACAACAGCCGCUCAGAGGACAGGCAGAAUCCUGGACACCUGCAGAGUUCUGCACAGGGUCAUGGAGCCACUGGACAGCUGACGGGGACGAAAAACCACAUAUUAAAGAAACAGCCUCCAUCGGCGCAGGGCGAGAAUGUGCUACAGUUAAGACUUCAGCAGAGGAGGACACGAGAGCAGCUGGCAGACCAAGGCAUCAUGCCUCUAAACCAUGGCAAGUUCCCAAAGCAGGAAGACUCUUACACGUUCGAGGAGGACAGCAGCAGCGAGAGUCUGUCUCCGGAGCAGCACCACAGUGACGAGUCCCAGGGCUCAGCCUGUCCUUCAUCGGAGGCCGUGGGCAGCACGCCCUCCUCCUCGUCCUCACCUGCCCUCACCAGCCCACGACAGGGGGGAGCAACCAGAGACCCACCUGAUCAGAGCCACGAUGAAGGGCUGUCCGGUGCCAACAACAGCUUGGCUACUCCCCCCAUCCCUGUUCCUGCUAUUGUCAAGUCCAAGACAUCCGACAAGAACCGACACAAGAAACCCAAAGAUGUGAAGCCCAAAGUGAAGAAGCUCAAGUACCACCAGUACAUUCCUCCAGACCAGAAGGCCGAGAAGUCCCCCCCGCCCAUGGACUCGGCGUACGCGCGCCUCCUGCAGCAGCAGCAGCUCUUCCUACAGCUGCAGAUCCUCAGCCAGCAGAAACACUCUCACGCACAUCCACAGACGCAGCAGCAGCAGCACACACACUCAACACAGGCCCAGGCUCAGCAGAGGCAGCCGACUUUCAGCUACCAGCCUCACCUGCCGGCCCAGACCCACAAAGGAUCCAGUGAGCAGAUAUCGGGAUGCAGCCCAAGUGGCCCGUCCAGCACAGCCAACAGUAACUCCUCCUCUCCAGUGAAGAGCACAUAUCCCAACCAAAGUAACAUCUCACCAGUCAAACCUGGGCCCCUGCCAGCCAAUCUAGAUGACCUAAAAGUCUCAGAGCUCAGGCAGCACCUGCGUAUCCGAGGCAUGCCUGUCUCAGGUACCAAGACCGCCCUCAUCGAGCGACUCAGGCCCUUCAAGGACUGCAACGCCGGCUCCUCGCCCUCAGGCUCCUCCGACAUCACCACGGUGACCUUCCCCGUCACACCCACCGGGUCCCUGUCGUCCUACCAGUCCCCGUCCUCCUCCAGCGUCCUGUCUCAGGGAGGCUACUAUCAGUACCCCAGCACCUCCUCCACCCCACCCAUCUCUCCGGCCUCCUCCGAGCUGUCCCUCAGCGGCUCGCUCCCCGACAGCUUCAGCGACGUGCCCAUGUCCUCGCCGACGCAGUUCGCCCUGCAGCCGUCCCCGGCCCAGCUCAGCAUGGAGGACGGCCUGGCAGGGGGCCACCAGGGCAGCGGGGGACAGAGGGUGGGGGAAGGCAGAGCCAUGGACGGCCUGGAAGCUGAAAAGGAUAAGAUGCUUGUGGAAAAGCAGAAGGUGAUCGAGGAGCUGACGUGGAAGCUGCACCAGGAGCAGAGACAGGUUGAAGAGCUGAAACUGCAGCUCCACAAGAGGAAACGCUGCUAUGGAGCAACACAGGACGCCGUCCCUCCUCCCCCUCACCCCUCCAUGCACCACCAGCAGACUCCCACCAUGAUGGGACAGCACUUCUUUGGGGUGACUGUAAAGCAGGAGCCAAUGUCCCUGUCCUCCAGCUGCCCUCUGUCCAAUCCCAAACAGCUAAAGAGCCCUCCUGGCAUCUGCAUGGAGGAUAUGGGGCACUGUAACACCUCCCUCACCAAUCUGGGGGGGCCCGGGGGGCCACAGUGUAUGGACACGGCCCCCACCACAGGCAGCCCCUCCACCAUGUCCGCUUUCCUCAGUCCCCAGUGCUCACCGCAAGACUCUCCCAAUGCAAAGCCUUCCAGUAGUCCCCAGCCCUCAUCUCCUAACAACCCCUACCUGCUCUCCCCUACACUGGGAAGGGACAGCUGCGGUCACCACCACCCCCCAGGCAACAACAGGGCACGCAACAUGCAGAUCCACCAGAAGAGCGGUGGCCAGGCGGUGAACUGCUCCUAUACUCCUGACCAAAGAGGCCUUCAGGGAGACUUCCCCCCCUCAACUGACUGUGGCCUUAACCACAGCAGCGCAGCCAAAGCUGACAGCCAGAGCAUGCAACCAAAGAUUUCAGUAUUGCCCUCUCCUCGGCAUGUUGGCCAAAAAAGCCAGGUCUCUUCCCCUGCCUUCAGUAGCUCAGAUUCAGAUGCUUCUGACUUAAGACAGCCCCCAUGCUAUGAGGAUGCAGUGAAGCAGCAACUGACCAGAAGUCAGCAGAUGGAUGAACUUUUGGAUGUGCUCAUAGAGAGUGGAGGGUAUCCCGGCCUCCUCAUCCCAAGGUUCCACCGUCACUAUGAGCACCUGUACCCCGCACAGCAACCGUACGACCACUCAGGCAAUCACAUCCCAGAGAGCCACCUGGAGACUCUGCUUGGGAGUCCAAUCGGCCGGGGAGGGGAAGUGGCCCUUCUUAAAAUGGCUACCGAGGACGGGGUUGAGGACGAAGGGAACCGAGAGGGCGAAGGGUACGGCAGCCCCCACAACCACCACCGCCACCCUCACCAUCCACCACAGGACAAACUCGUGACCAACAGAGAUCAGAUGGACACCCCUCUGUCGCCCAUCAGCAACAAGGUGUCCCCCUUCCCGGAGGUUCAGGGGAUGGUCAGCAUGACGUUCAGCGAGACGCCGUGGGAAACGAUGGAGUGGCUGGACCUGAUGCCGCCCAGCUCAGCCACGGCCUUCAGCGUCCCCCCACCCAGUGGCCCCAGCAUCUUCAACACAGAGUUCCUGGAUGUCACAGACAUGAACUUAAACUCUGCCAUGGACCUCCACCUGGAGCACUGGUGAAAGCAACAGCACCCUAUCACAAGUGCUGGCUAACCACAAACUAGCCAUCAUCACACACAAAACACCAGCUUAAGGGUCUCUAUAUGAAGCAGUGACAUCAGCUCUGACCCUACCAAAGAACAACUGAAUUCAGCAAGUACCUGAAUUAGUUUCUUGUUAUACCACAUGUCACAUUAUGAAGAGUAGACCAUUAGCCUUCAUUCAAAUUCAAACUUUGUUGGCUGAGUCAGAAGUUGUACGUCAGAUUAUAUUUUUGCUUACUUCCUCGACUUCAUUGAAAUCAGGUUCUUCUGUUGACGUGAUACCCAGAAUCCAAAGACAAGAUGCUUUUUGACAUGAUCGAUGUCUCUUUGGACAGCGAUGCGCACAACUGCCAAAUAGGUAUCUCAGUGGACACAUGAAGGAUUUUUCUAGAUAAUGGAAGGACGUGAUUACAGUGCUUUAUACCAACACCUUAUGCAAUAUCAGUGUUAACGCCACCUAGACUUGAAGACACAUUUUGACAAUCCUUUCUUUCUGAGUCUAUGUUUGUAUUACUGGAAAAAUGAAAGGAAUUACAAGGUGAAUUGGGUUGUACGGCCAUUUUGUAAAUAUCAGAACCAUCUGUACUGACGGAGAAAAGUUGACAUCUGCAUAUUUUGUCGGUGGUGUGGAAAAGGUCACAAACCCCAAAUUUAAGUGUAUUACGUAAUCAAUUCCUUAUAUGAUGUAAAUAUGACAAAAAAAAUCUCACUGUGCACCUCUAGCUUAAUACACUUUUGUCACAGGUUGCUUGAAUGUAGAAUAUGUGUAGAAGUUUUUGUCAUUCCUUUGAAGGUCCUAUUUUUAUACAAGUUUCUUUUCACUAUUUGGCCUAUUUAUCCAUAGGGAGAACAUUAUGGAGAGAAAUUAAUUCCAUUGAACACCAUUGGUCUUAUCGUGAGAAUCGACAGACAAACUGUGCCUUAUUUGCAACAGCUUUUGAAUUACUACCAUUUUAAUACCAAUUUCCCUUCCACAAUCUUAUAUGCCAUGACAGCUAUGGACUGGUUUUGUUAAAGAAAGCUCCAACAUAUGUCAGUUUUACUUUAGCUGCAAAAUCUGACGAAUGUAAAUGAAAAACUUCAUCUCUAUUUUAAAGUACUUUUAUUUUUGUCCUUAAAAAAAAUUCACCCUUUCCAUCUCCAGACCAAUCACGUUUAUUUAUUUUUGUGUUUUUAUAUUUAUGCUUUAACCUGUAUUUAUACUGUCAUUCCUUUUAAUAGAUUGGGGCUCUUUAGGAUUUACCAGGAAACUCCAGUGCUACCACUCCGACUACGGACAUUUCUUUGUAAAUCUCUUAAAAAUGUGAUGCAAAGUGAAGGAACCACUUUGAAAAGCCAUGCUUUCUUAAAAAACACUUUUCCUUAAAGAAUCAUGUGAAGUGAAAAUGCCCAUUAUUAGCACUUGUGAAUAGGAAAAUGUAAUAUAUUCAGACCUUGACUGUGAAUACUGCAUAUAAACACAGCACGAACAUGUACCAGGGGCCAGCCUAGACCCACAUUAGUCUUUCAAACCACCCUUUAAAGUUGUGUGUUGGUCAGUAAGUGUCUGUUGUUUCAGACAUGUA